UUAUCCAUUUCGACAUAAACGUGCUUGCCUUAAAACAUUAGAUCGAACUGCCAAAGUAAGCAAAAUGUCAUGUACGAACAAUGUGGCAACUGGGUCAUUUUUGAUGGAUUCUUUGGUUGGAGGUACGUCAUACAGAGGUGAAGGAUUUUCCGCAAACUCGGGGAUGUACAUGUCAUCGACUGCAGAAUAUGGCUGUCAGGCUGUAAGAAAUUUGGGCGUCACUGGUGCACCCAACUCCAGACGAGAAGAGCUGACCCAAAGCAGCGUACCAAUCAGCGGCUAUGGACACGCACAUUACCUGUCGCAGCGGGACGUCUGGACGGCCGCCUCCAAAACUUACAGACGUGCACAACCUGUUGCCCAGCCUUUGCACACGUGCUCUUUUCCAACCAGCGGUGUCAAAGAGGAAGUCAUUCCUUGUCUGUAUCAGACUGAUAUUGACAACCCCAAAGAAUCUGCGGAGAGGUCCACCUACAUCCGACUGGGGGACAAUAGCGGACAUUCGGAUCAAAGCAGCGUCUCAGCCGUUGAGUAUUUCAGAGAGAACCAGGUGUAUUCAGGUGAAAGGGUUCAGCAAGUAAAUAUUGUCGGUUCGGACUUUAACCCAACCUCGAGAAUAACAGCUCCACGAGCAACAGAUUCAUGUGUAAAAAGCAGCAAGCCAGCAAACGAGAUAACGAAUGCUGAGGAGCAAACCGCGGACAAGAGACAACAGCAAAAAAAAGAUGGCUGUCAGAAGAACCACAGCUAUACAGACGAUUCUGAUAGUGAAUUUAAAGAUGAAUCUAAGUUGGUCAGCACAACGGGGAACUGGCUUAAAGCUAAAUGUGGACGAAAGAAAAGAUGUCCUUACACUAAGCACCAGACGCUUGAGCUGGAGAAAGAGUUCUUGUUCAACAUGUACUUGACUCGAGAGCGCCGUCUGGAGAUCAGCAAGAGUAUCAACCUCACAGACAGACAGGUCAAGAUCUGGUUUCAAAACAGAAGGAUGAAACUGAAGAAGCUCAACAGAGAAAGUCGGGUUCGGGAGCUAACAGGUUACAACUUCAACUGAAGGCAGAACGAACUUACUGUAAAAAUUAUUGUCAUCAUAGAACACACACACACACACACUUAAAAGCUAUGCUGGCAUUCGGUUUUAGAAAAACUGACUGAAAUAUCUUUCGAAAAACAUAAUUACGUUGCAUUUGC